GCGGUGCUCGGUGUGUGUGUGUGUGUGUGUGUGUGUGUGUUUGGGGGGGUGGUUUCUUUUUUCCCGGGCCUUUUUUUUCCGUUAUUGAUGGUGGGACUGUUGUGUGCGCGCGUGGACCUGGUGUUUCCGUGACUGGAGUGUAUUCUGGGGUGAUUAUCAGGUUAUUUGGGGGGAUCUACAGGAGCAUCAUGGCUCGCCCGCGGCCCCGCGACUAUAAAGCAGGAGACCUGGUGUUCGCCAAAAUGAAGGGAUACCCGCACUGGCCCGCGAGGAUUGAUGAGCUACCAGAGGGGGCGGUGAAGCCACCAGCUAAUAAAUACCCCAUUUUCUUCUUCGGCACCCAUGAGACUGCGUUCCUGGGUCCUAAAGACCUGCUGCCCUACAAAGAGUACAAAGAGAAGUUCGGCAAGUCCAACAAGAGGAAAGGCUUCAACGAGGGACUGUGGGAGAUCGAGAACAACCCCGGGGUCAAAUUCACCGGCUACCAGAGCGUGCAGCAGCAGAGCUGGUCGGAGGGUGACGGAGGCGACGCCGCCGAUGGCAGCAGUGAACGCGAGGAGGGCGACUCCGCCGGCGAGGAGAAGGAGGAGGAGGUGAAGGGCGAGAAGGUCGGAUCCAAGAGGAAAAAGACCACGUCAUCGAAGAAGUCGCCCAAGCUCUCCAGGAAGUGCUCGGGGGACGAGGAAGAGGAGAAAGACGGCAAAGAAGAUGAAGAGAAGAGAGACGACGACAGCGACAUCCAGAACUCAGACAAGAAGUCGUGUCCGGGGCAGAACCAGUUGCUGCGGGAGGAGCACUAGAUCCUGAAGGACGUCCGGCCGUCCGCGGCGGUUUCUUGUGUCAUGCUAGUCGGAAACGUUAAAAUUCACAAAUCUGUAAAUUAUCGAUCCAUGAAUCCGCAUCAUCGUCGCCGCCGCCGCCGCCGAGAGACCUGAGGUUAGAUCCGAGGACUGGACGGAGCCAGCGAGUCCGGGCGUGGUCGGCGUGGGCGCGGUCGGCGCGACGCGCUGCUUAAUUCACCUUUAAACAAAGCUCAUCUUAUUAGCGUAUUAGCGUGAUGUCCUAGCCGUUAGCUGGAGCGUGCGCCCGUACGAGUCCGACUCUCUCUUCCCCCUGAACCCUGACCUUUCGACCGACCGGUCAGCCAAUCGUAGCGUAAACGGUCGCUUUGCUAACUUCCGGCGGUAGGCAGCAUGAUGCUCGGUCGCUGUGCGCUGUGCUAACUAGCUAUUGUGCUAACUGGCUAGUUACAGAUACAAAUAAACAGUCAUUAGCAUUCUGAUCCUACUGAUCGCAGGGCUCCCUGAGGACGCCGGGCUAGGUUCGAACCCACGUCCCCGAGUCCCCUGAACUCUGUAUUAUUUCACCUUUCGUUCGAGCUGGUUUAGCUAACUAGCUAGCUCGCCACCUAGCCGUUUCGCUAGCACAAUAACUAGCCGGAACCUGCGCUGUCAUCUUUCAUACCUCGCUAUCUUACCAAAUAGCUGUUAGCUCUAGGCUAGCACGGCAAGUCACUGGAAUCCUUGUUUGCCUGACCUGUUUAUGACCUGGUUUGCUAAUUAGCUUAGCCUCCUGUUUGUUACGUAGCUAUCUUGCUAACUGUCUGUUUUGUUAGCACCAACUUACCUUGCUAUCUUGCUGUCUGUUUUGCUUGCGCCCAUAUAUUAUAACUAGCACCAUAUUAGCUGGUUUGCUACCUAGCAAGCUUAGGAGCUAUUGGUGUUGCUAGCAUGCUAACUAGCAUGGCAAGUAGCUGGAUUCUUGCUUGCAACCAAAUUAGCUUAACCUGCUUCUAUAUAACUCUGUUUGCUACCUAGCUAUUUUGCUAACUGUCUGUUUUGUUAGCACCAACACUUGCGUUUAUACAAGCUGGUUCGCUAAUUAGCUUAACCUGCUUCUUUAUAACUCUACUUACUAUGUAGCUAUCUCGCUGUGUGUUUUGCUAGCUCCCACAUAUUAUAGCUAGCACCAUAUUAGCUGGCUUGCUACUUAGCAAGCUUAGGAGCUAUUUGUUUUGCUAGCAUGCUGACUAGCAAGGUACAUAGCUGGAAUCUUUGUUUGCCUGACCUGUUAUGACUUGGUUUACUAAUUAGCUUAGCCUCCUGUUUGCUUCCUGUUUGUUUUGUUAGCACCGACUUCCCUGUGUUUAUACGUCUCUCGGUAUGAACCCGCGAUGUUUUUAGCCAACCGUACGAGUAAAAGAAGAAGCGAAGGUUAGCGCUAACACGUUAACGCUCGUUUGUUUGGAUGAUGUCGGUGCGCUCGGGUGUCACUAGGCUUGCUAGCAGCAUGCGUAUCUGUGGUAUUAAUCCUGUACUCUAGAAUCAUUCCGUUAGGUGUGUUCGCCCGGGCGGGUUAGCGGGGAGAGAUGUUACGAGCUCGUACGAUGUGAGCUAGCGCUCCGUGUUUCCUGAUCAUGACGUGAUGAUUUCCUCUCUGUGUGUUUAUAGAAAUAAAAACUCUAUUUAUUUUUGUUCCUGUACCUGUACCUGACCCUGUACCUGUACCUGACCCUGUACCUGUACCUGACCCUGUACCUGACCCUG